AUGUCGCCUGCUAAUACAUCCACUAACAAAGGCGUUCUAAUUCAGCGCGGAUCCAACGAGCGAACCCCGUUCUCCCGUGGUCUUUUCGUCUUGUCUCGCGGUCUGGAUCUACCAUUACAAUAUGCUAUCCUUUCUUCUCGUUCCUUGGCCGCACCUCUAAUUCACGCUCUAGGCGGAACAGCUAUUCUACCUACUGGACCCCCGCUCUUCCUCAUGGGUACCAACACCGGCCUGUCUCCCCAACGCGCCAUUAUAUUCGGCAUGGUCAUAGGCUCGUUCGUUAAGCAAAGUUACUGGGUGACUGCCAUCUCCCAGGAACCAAUGACUCCUCGUGCUGCUGCUCUCAUAGGAGCAUUUUACGCGGUUGCUAGCUCCCUCAAUACUAUUCUGUUCACCAAUACUGCGACGUCGGUGUUGGGUUACGCUUCUGUUGCAGGCGACGAGACGCGAUUGCCCAUACAGACUCUUGUCGGCAUCGGUCUGUAUGCUCUCGGCAUGGUAUUAGAAUGGGCCUCGGAGCUGCAAAGAUUGAGGUUUAAGAAGGAUCCGAAGAAUAAAGGUCGUGCUUACACUGGUGGUCUUUUUGGACUUGCGAGGCAUAUCAAUUAUGGUGGAUAUGUUCUCUGGAGAGUUGGGUCUUCUAUUGCUGCUGCUGGAUGGAUUUGGGGUGCAGCGGUUGGAGGAUUCCACACUUAUUACUUCUUGAAAGACGGUAUUCCGGAGUUGGACGCUUAUUGCUCGAAGAGGUACAGCGAGCAGUGGAGCGAGUACAAGAAGGCAGUUCCAUACAAGCUCUUUCCUUAUAUUUUGUGA